AUGUCGACGUGUAAUAUGGAAAAGGUAAAAUCUUAUCUUCUGGCAGCGAGUGGCAGAAAAUCAUCUCGUGUCGCGCCAUGGACAGACGAUGUGGCAUCAGAAAAUUUUACAUUACCAAAAUAUGAGAUUGAAGUAUUGAAUAAUGCUAAAAAACAAAAUACAAUCGUUUGUCUACAUAGUACAACAUCCAAAAGCUUUUUGAUGAUUAAUGUUAUACGAGAGUAUUUUCAUGGAAUUAACAAAAAAAUUGAAGAUGGCGGCCAACGAAUCGUUUGUUUGACUAUGGAUCAAAAUCCAGUGGAUAUGGCUGAAACAAUUCAUCGUCAUUUACCUGUUGAUAUUGGUUCAUUUGGAAUUGAACACGGUGUUCUAUUAUGGAAAAAAGAACAAUGGAAUCAAGAAAUGCAAACACGAUCGAUAUUGGUUAUGCAUCCAACCGUAUUCUACGAAUUAUUGAACAGAAAUUAUAUUGAGUUUUCUCAGAUUAAACUUUUAAUCUUGGACGAAUGUCAUCAAGCAAUUCGUGAUCAUGCCUAUGGAUCAAUUAUAAAGCAAUAUAAACAACAGUGCACAGAUGAACCAAGAUUAUUUUCAAUCACAACAGCAUUAUUAAAAAAUUAUUGUACGCCAAUACAAUUACAGGAACGAAUUGAAAAUUUAAAAACGCUAUUUUGUUCAUCCGUAUUCACUGCUACAGAUCUAAUUUGUAGACAGACAAAUCGUUUUGCUAAAAUACCAAGUGAAACAAUAAUUGUAUGCGAACCAAAGAGUGAUAGACAACCAGCUAUUACCACAGAAAUUGUUCAAGAACUUCAUGAUGCUCUUUCUUAUUUGGACAAAUUAGAACAUUCAAAUAAUCAUUCCGUACCGUCAACCGAUGAUAAUCCGUCUUCGUUAACAAUUCCACGUCAAGUGUUACAUGAAUGUUUACGUCUUGUUGAUAAAUUAGGCAUAUGGGCAUUAUUACGUAGUUCCCUGCCAAUUAUAACACAACUGGAACGUUUAUCAAAUAUGGCUUCGAAUCAAAUCGAUGGCCACCAUCAGCUUCAUUCUGGAACGAAUACAACAGCGACUGUUUUAUCAUUAUCAUCACCGAAAGCCUAUUCACUCUUUUUAGAUUGGACAUGUACAUUGUUACGUUUAUGGCGUUGUCGUAUUAAAACAGUAUUAGAUUCACUCGAUUCAAAAACAUUAAUCGAACAAUAUACAACGCCAAAACUACGUUCACUGUUUGAUAUUCUAAAACGUUUUCAAUCGAAUGCCACAUCUAUAAACACUCAUCGCUGGUCAGCAUUAGUAUUUGUUGACAGAAAACAAGAAACAGCUGUUCUAAAUGCAAUAUUGAAAGAUGCAGCAAAAAGAUUUGAUGAUUUUUCAUUUAUUCGACCAAAUUUUUUAAUUGGUUAUUCAACAGUGACGCCAUCAAAUACGAAUAACGAUGAUACACAACAAAUACAACCAAUGGAUAGUCGAAAGCAAGAAGAAGUAAUGAGAAAAUUUCGACUUGGAGAAAAUAAUCUUAUUGUGGCAUUAAGUUCAUUAGAAGAAUUAAAUGAUUUACCGGACUGUAGUCUUGUUGUUAGAUUCAAUGUUCCAACGAGUUAUAGAUCAUAUAUUCAGUCAAAAGGUAAAGCUCGUUCUCAAUCUCCACAUUUCUUCAUGUUAGUUGAAAAAAAUGAAUAUGAUGAAUUUUUGAAGAAUGUCAACUGUUUUAAAGGUAUCGAACAAGUGCUAGCGAAAAACUUUUAUGAAACAAACAGUGAACAAGUAGAACAUAACGAUACUGAUCAAUUCCCAAAUGCAAUUGAAGUUAUAAAUAGGUACUGUGCGCGUUUACCAUGUGAUGCAUUAACAUCAUUAGUUCCUAUAAAUGAAAUUAAAACGUUACCAAAUAAUCAUUAUCAAUGUAUAUUAUCAUUGCCUGUUAAUUCACCGGCGCGAAAGACCAUCAUAGGUCCAUCACGUCCAACAUUAAAACAGGCAAAAUUAAUAGCAGCAAAACGUUUAUGUGAACAUUUAUUACAAGCAGAAACACGGGAACAAUUUUAUCUGAAACAUUCUGUUAUUGACGAAGAGGAUAUAGCUGAAUGGGGAAAUUAUAGUGAACCAAAGCCCAAACCUGGUUCGAUGCAACGAAAACAAUUAUAUAGUAGAGCGAUCAUUCCUGAGCCUCUCGUUCCAACGAAAGAAACAUGUUCAUCAAUGGAUUAUUUCAUAUAUGCUAUUAGUGCUGAAUUAACCACUCCGUUAACCGCUCCAUCAUCAUUAGACACAUCACAAAAUCUUAAAAUAGUUACAAGUUAUACAAACGAUACAAACCCGUAUUGUUUAGGUUUUGUUUCUGCUAAUUAUCUUUUGGAAAUUCCGUCCUUUGCAUUGUUCUCUCGAGCCGGUGAAGAAACAUACAAUUUACAAUUAAUAAUGAAAAAUAUUCGGUUUACAGAAGAUGAUUAUAGAAUUUUACAAACGGUACACUAUUAUAUAUUUUCGGGUAUAUUGGGUUUUGAUAGACCAUUAGUCAAUUUUAAUCCUGAACAAGCAAAAUGUCAUUUGAUGUGUAUUUUAUUGAAAAAAGAUCCAUUGUCAAAUUGUGGCUAUUCGAUCGAUUGGUCUCUAACAAAGGCCAUAAUCACAUUUAUUCAGACAAUUAAUUUACAUAAAUAUACAAUGGAGAAUCCAUAUGUCUUUAAUGCAUCUGAUUUCAAUGAUACACGUAUUGUUCUUCCAUCUUAUCGUCGUUCAACACAACCACAGUAUUAUAUGGUCAAUUCAAUUGAUAUAAAUAAAAAUCCUCAAUCAUCAUUUCCAUCUAUCUCAAGUAUUUAUGAUACAUUUUCAUCUUAUUAUGAAAUCAAAUAUGAAUUACAUCUGACAAAUAAAACGCAACCAUUAUUAUGUGUUUCGCAUACAUCACAUCGUUUAAAUCAAUUAAUACCACGUUAUAUGAAUUUUAAAAUGUUAAAAUCGUUAACAUCAAGAAGUCGAGGUGGUGGAGGAUCAAAUCCAAAUGCUAAUAAACAACAGAAUGGUACAACCUCUCAUCAUCAUCAUCAGCAUCAAGGCGUUUUUCUUAUACCAGAACUUGUUAUUAUUCAUCCAAUACCAGCACAACUUUGGCAAGGCAUUAUUGCGUUACCUAGUAUUCUUUAUCGUAUACAAUGUUUAAUAUUAGUUGAACAAUUAAGACGAGAUAUUGCGAGAGAAACUGGUGUAGGUAUUGCAUGGGCACCAGAUGAAGGUUUAUUUGAAAAAUUAGGAUUUGAUUGGGACGAAAAAAAAGAGUCACAAUUUUCAGCAUUAUUAGACAAUGAUACGUGUUAUGAUCAAGAACCGUUGGAUCCAAAUUGGAAUUUUGAAAUAUCAGUCUGGAAUGGAGAAGCAACACAAAAUUGGACGAAUAAUGAUGCAUGGAAUGAGGCAAAAAAUGGAUGCAUCAUGUUUAAUGCGGCCGAUUUCGGUCCAAAUGAUUAUGGUGAAAGUGACGAAAGUGAAGAUGGAGAAAAUGGUAGUUUGCAUAAACAAAAUUUUGACUUAGAUGAUGAUAUGGAUGAUGAGGAAGAAUUUUAUGAUCCACCGCCAGAACAAAAACAAGACGUCAAACAACCAAAAAAUUUACACAAUGAAAGUUUUAAUAAACAACAAGAAUUAUCUACAAAUUAUCAAAUUGAUUUAUCACGUUUAGGUGAAGAUUUAAAAGCAAAAUCAAAAAAAUUUUUGUCAAAACUAAUAUCAAAUUCUCAGCCAACACCUUCGUCUGCAGCUAAUCAAGAUGACAACGAUGUAUUUAUAUUACCAUCGUUAGGACUAACAGAAAAACAUUCAACCGUAGAACAAUCAUACUGGCUUCGGAAUGUCCGAAUUGAAACGCAACCAUCUGCAAUAUUCUUUGUACAGAAAGAAGAGCAAAAAGUGCCAUCUGAUGUUAUUGACAGAGAGCAACAAAUACCGAUACAAGAAACUCUUGUUCAAACAACAAUUGCUAAAAUUGUUGAUACACCCAUUUUAAAACAAAAAGUUUUACAUUUUGAACCGGAUGAUUAUACGAAACGUUUAUUAAAUAUCGAUGAUGCAAGUGAUAGUGAUGACAGUGAAUACAAAGACAGUGUUAACAACUAUAACAACAGUACGAUUACAACUACUGGUAUUACAGAUAGUGAAUGGAUGAAGCCAAAUAGUCAAGGAGGAAUAAUUAAUGAUUAUUGUGAUCCAUUGGGUAUUAAUCUUGAUUUUGAAUAUGUUCCAGAAUCACAUCCUGGACCAUCACCAGCAUUACUCUUACAAGCAUUAACAUUGUCAAAUGCGGGCGACGGAUUUGAUUUAGAACGUUUGGAGACUGUUGGCGAUUCAUUUUUAAAACAAGCUGUAACCGUUUAUAUUUAUUGUACAUAUCCAAAAGUUCACGAAGGAAAAUUAAGUUUUUUUCGAUCAAAAAUUGUAUCCAAUUAUAAUCUUUAUAAAUUGGGAAAACGAAAUGGUUUUGGAGAAUAUUUGAUUAGUUGUAAAUUUGAACCAUAUGAAAACUGGCUACCUCCUUUAUUUGUAUCUGGCUUACCAACUGAGUAUGGAAUGUUAUCAACAUCGGGCGUUGAAAUGUGGACAAAAUCAGAUACAACGACAAAUAUUGAUUGGAUUGAAUUGCAAGAAAGACGUGAACAAAGACGUUUAGCUAAAUUAAAUAGUAGUACUAUUAGAAACGCACCAGCUGAUAAAAAUUCACCCAUACCAAUACCCACUACACCAUCGACAUUGACAAUGUUUGGAUCAAGCACUGUAUCUCCACAACAACAUGGUCAUUGGACUCCAUCAUUUGAUCGUCGUUCUCAACAUAUGGUCUCGGAUAAAAGUAUUGCUGAUACAGUUGAAGCUUUAAUUGGUGCUUAUUUGAUUGCCAGUGGUCCCAAAGCUGCAUUACGAUUUAUGGCAUGGCUUGGUGUUCGAAUAUUUCCGAAAAUAAGAUUAGAAGACGGAACAGAAUUAACUGGAGAAUUACCGAAACCAUCAUCACCUGUGGAUUAUUCAAUACCGGAUACGAGAACAAAAAUUUUAUCAUACGAAGAUAAUUUUGAUUGUUUUGAACAAGCAAUUGGUUAUCGUUUUCAUGAACGAGCUUAUCUAAUUCAAGCAUUUACUCAUGCCAGUUAUUCUUACAAUACAAUAACAGAUUGUUAUCAACGUCUAGAAUUUUUAGGUGAUGCUGUAUUAGAUUAUGUCAUAACAAGAUAUCUAUACGAACAUCCAAAACGUCAUUCACCUGGUGAAUUAACAGAUUUACGUUCCGCUUUAGUUAAUAAUAAUAUCUUCGCUUAUAUAGCCGUUAAAUAUGAUUAUCAUAAAUAUUUUCGCUGUCAUUCAAAUGAAUUAUUUUUAUUAAUUGAUAAAUUCGUUAAUACACAAAAAGAAAAAUGGUGGGGUUUUGAUGAAUGUAAUUUAGAUGAUGAUGAAAAUGAUGAAUUUUUUUAUUAUGAUUUUCUUACAACAAAUAAUGAAUCAAAUUAUAAUUGUUAUUAUGAUGAUGAUGUAACCAAUUCAACUGCUGCUACUGUGGCAAAUGGAGAACAGCCUCAGUCAUCAUUAACAAAUAUCAAUAAUACAAAUGAAGAUGAUGAACAAUUGUUAACCGAACAUGAUGAAUGGGAAGAAACAGAAGUGCCAAAAUGUUUAGGAGAUAUUUUUGAAUCCGUAGCCGGCGCAAUAUUUCUUGAUUCAAAUAAAUCAUUUAAUUCUGUAUGGAAGGUCUAUUAUAGAAUGAUGAAACCGUUUAUUGAAAAAUUUACAGCAAAAGUACCGAAAUCACCUAUUCGAGAAUUAUUAGAACUUGAACCAGAAACAGUUAAAUUUGAAAAACCUGAACGUUUACUCGAUGGCCGUAUACGUGUAACAGUUGAAAUAAUAGGCAAAGGUCGAUUUAAAGGUGUUGGAAGAAAUUAUCGUAUUGCGAAAAAUGCCAGUGCUAAAUGUGCGUUAAAAAAUUUACGUCGUUUAGACUGA